AUGUCAGGCGGAGGGAAUAUUAAAGUGGUGGUGCGAUGUCGCCCGCUCAACGCGAGGGAGAUAGCUAGGGGAGCCAAAGGUCUAAUACGUAUGGAAGGUAGUCAAACCAUACUGGAUCCACCUGAACAAACCGGAUCAACAUCAGUUAGAGCGACAGAGAAGAAACCUAUGAGUUUCUCCUUUGAUAAAUCGUACUGGUCUGCCGGAGCUCGUGAUGAACCUAAAUAUGCCUCUCAGCAGACGCUGUACGAAGAUCUAGGCGUAGAAUUGCUGGAUCAUAGUUUUGAAGGAUUUAACACUUGUAUCUUUGCAUUGGAAAGAGCUGUAAGUGGAUUAGCCGUGCUCUUCAGCUCCCUAUACGCUGACACUCAUAGCACAGACUCGAUGAUGGGAUAUGGGUCGGACAAAGGAAUCAUACCGUUGACGACGGAAGAGCUAUUUCGAAGGGUACAGGCUAGGACGUCUGAUGAACCAACCUUAUCAUACACUGUCGAGGUAUCCUACAUCGAGAUCUAUAACGAGAAGGUACGAGACCUGCUGAAUCCCAAGAACAAAGGGAACCUGAAAGUCCGAGAGCACCCUUCCCUUGGACCUUACGUAGAAGAUUUGAGUAAAUGUCUAGUCGAGAACUACAGCCAGAUGAUGACCUUGAUGGAUGAGGGAAAUAAGGCUCGAACGGUAGCUUCUACCAAUAUGAACGAAACGUCUUCACGAUCCCAUGCCGUCUUUACAGUAACACUUGCUCAAAAACGUCGUGAUCCCCAAACCAACAUAACGGGUGAGAAGGUUUCGAAAAUAUCACUUGUGGAUCUCGCAGGUAGUGAAAGACAAGCUUCAACUGGUGCGACUGGAACAAGGUUGAAAGAAGGAGCGAACAUCAACCAAUCUCUUACAACCCUAGGUAAAGUCAUAGCUGCCCUGGCUCAAGGUAGUAACGAUCACGGAAAAGGAAAGAAGAAGAAAGAAGAUUUCGUGCCGUACCGGGAUUCAAUCCUUACGUGGUUGCUGAAAGAAAGUCUGGGAGGAAACUCAAAGACUGCCAUGAUAGCUGCCAUCUCUACAUUACGAUAUGCUGAUGCUGCAAAAAAGAUCAAGACCCAUGCUGUAGUCAAUGAGGAUCCUAAUGCCAAGUUGAUCAGGGAGCUGAAGGAGGAACUGGACAUGUUACGAAGUCGGGUAGCUACGGGAGGGGGUACUGAGGAAGCGAAUCAUAAUCCAAACUUUCCCCCUGAAGAACAAAUUGUCACUUACCAGACGAAAGAAGGCGAAAUGAGAACAGUCACAAAGCUAGAACUACAAGAUCAGCUUCACGCGUCUGAGAAGCUCAUGGAAAGUCUGAACCUGACAUGGGAAGAAAAGAUGGAGUCAACGCAAAAGAUUCACGUAGAAAGGGAAAAAGCUCUAGAAGAACUUGGUAUCAGUAUUGACAAAGAUAUGGUGGGAGUGCAUGCACCUCAAAGACACCCUUCCUUGGUUAACCUGAACGAAGACCCUCUUAUGUCUGAGUGCCUUAUAUAUCAGUUGAAACCCGGCCCGACCGUUGCUGGCAGUAUCGAAGAUAGCACAGCUCAUAUCAAAUUAUCGGGAGCUCAUAUCUUACCUGAACAUUGCAUCUUCUCCAAUGAAGGUGGCAUAGUAACUGUUGAAGUUAUGCCAGAAGCUCGAUCCUUCGUGAAUGGCAAACGGGUUCCCCCAAAGUCGUCAAUCAAACUGCAAAAUGGAGACCGGGUGAUUUUAGGCGAUUUUCACGUGUUUCGAUUCAACGAUCCAGCUUCCGCUCGUGCUCAGAGACAGAAACUGCAAAACUCAGUCAGCAUGGAUAAUCCAUCUAGUGCCUAUCGUCCAGAUUCUCCUAGCAGUCGACCAGAUGCCGCCGAACUCAUGGAUUGGACAGCUGCACGGAGGGAAGUAGCAGAUAUAGAGAGACUGGGUGAUCAGGAUCUUGAUCAACUAUUUGAUGAUAUUGUAAAAGUACGAACUCAGCGGAAAAGACCUGAAAGUAGAUAUGAUAUUUCAGCGGAACUUGAAUCUCGGUUCAUGACACCUUCGGAUACUCAAGAAUCUUUGGACCCAAAUAGCAAUCCCUGGGCUGGUCCACAUGCUACGUCAAUGACUUCGAACAGUGUUGGAACGCCAGUCGCGCAAGACCUAGACAAACCGAAUAUGGAGGAGAACAGUGAGGCUGACACCGAACUUCCAAUACCAUCAGUAGUUUAUGAUAAAAGAUCAUCUGAUUCGGCGCUACACCAAGAACACUUGACACGACAGCUGCAGACAAUGACUCAGGAAGUUAAACGGAUCCGGUCUCAAGCUGCUGCUGCUAGAGCGCUAGAGCCAACUACUGUGGAGCCCGCCAAUUGGACACUGAAAGAGAUACGAUUAGUACAGAAAGUAGUGGAGAAAUGGAAGCAGCUUAGAUCAUACUCGGUGGCGGAACAGAUUCUAACGGGAGCGGCUGACCUUAAGGAGGCCAAUGUGAUUGCCAAGGAAAUGCAAAGGAGUGUUUCAUACAAUUUUCUCAUCGUCGACGCUUCCGCGACAUCUUCGACGUCUUGCCUGGACAAGGCCACCGGCAUCGUCGAAUUUGACGAUAUAUCAGAUACAGUAAUUCCGACAUUGAAUGGUUCUGUCGUGGUAGCCAAAGUUGUUGACCGAGAAUCUAAUUCCGUGUACACUUGGGACCUAAGAAAAUUCCACAGACAGCUCAAUCAGAUGAAACGAGCUCUUGCUCUCAAAGAAAAUCCUAGCUACUCUGCUCACUUCAAAGUAGAUGGCGCGUUUGCCGAAAUCCAGCCUCCCUCAUACUCCCUUAUCGGUUCAGCAAAAGUUCCCCUUCGUCUGUUGGCGAACCAGUUCUCCUAUACUGCCACUGUCCCCAUCUCCUGCCGAUACACAAUGGAAGCUAUCGGCUCCUGUAGGAUGACAUUCAAAUGCACCCCCCUUGCAUCCUCUGGGAUUGCAACUCCGGAUUCUGGCUGGACACCAAUGCAAAGCAGACUAGUAGUAGGAGAUAAGCUCACUUUUGCCAUUACGGUCGAGGGUGUGAAAGGUCUUUCAUCAAUCGAUUACGCUUCUAUCCAUGCUCAAACCCGACUUUCCUCUUUGGUCGGAUCAAGCAUAGUAUCAGAAGAUACAUUUGCUUCUCUCCUUAUUGAUCUUAGUAAAUCAUCUGUAGCUCACCUUAAUUUACGGCGGACGAUAUCGGUAAUCGUUACAGAGGAAAUGAUCGAAUACAUACAGACUUCUUACGCUGUUAUCGAUUUUUUCGCAAAGGUCCAUAUCAACUACCUCGAUAGGCUGGAAAGGUGGGAUAAGACCCGAGAAAUGAGUCCGCCUAACUCAACUCUAGGAACCCCUGACAGACUACAAGUGAAACCUUCUAUGAGGAGGUGCGAGACCGAUUUUGUCGGGAGUGAGCAUCAUGACAUACUCGCUUCUGUCGAGAUCCGGGAAUUAGCCUCAAAUGGUGAUUACGUCCCUGCGGAAGUACAAGAAGAUAUAUUCCAAUUGCAUCAAGGAUUACAACGUAAGAUACAUAUAAACUUAACUCACUCAUCUGGAAAAGCGCUACCAUGGGAAAAGAUUCACAACGUCCAUUCCAGUGAUAUAAGGAUUGUCAAUAAAGGUCAAGUGUCACACGUAUGUAAAUCUAUCGUCGAGAUCAAGUUGCAAUCUCAAGAUCUAGACUGGCUCCCUGACGGAACAUCGACACUUGAAGCUUCCGGUGUAUGGGACACAUCCGCUCAUGAAUGUAGACAACUUGAUAGACGAACGUCUUCCGAUCAGCUAUUACUCGUCCGUCUAACUUUCCUUGUUGACGUGGAAACUUUAGACGAACCAGCUAUAUUCCAAUUUGAUAUGAGAGUUAAGAUACAAGGAAGGGAUUCAAGAAGAUCAUCACUCCUAUCCUUUUUUAAUUCAUCCAAAAUAUUCAAUUCAUCAGUCUUCAUUUUCACGGUUGAUCUGUCUCCACCACUGGCUAGAUCGGUAAAUGACUUAUGGAGAUUGGACACUGCGAAGAAAUAUGUUAAAAGAGAAGAAGUGCUGGGUAAAUGGAAACCACGAAGCGUGUCUUUGAUUCAAGACUUUGCUGAGAUGAAACGAUCUGCAAGAUGUUUAGCAGAUGUUCAAGCUACGAAAUCUGUUCUGGACAUCACGGGUGAUAUCGAAUAUACGCACCAUGAUACAGUGAAUAAAGAAGAAGAAUUGAAAGAAAAUGAAAGAUUGGUGAGGAAAUGUCUAGGAUUAUGGAAGAUGGAAAUGAAUCAAAGAAUUCUUAUCGAUCUGAAAUGCGAAUCACCGGAACAAGAAGCCGUUGCUAAGAAACUAAGGAGAAUGAUACCUGAUCUCAAACCAAAGUUGUCACCUACCGUCAAGCUUCAACCUCGAGUUGAGACCAUCACAAAACACGGUGCUGUCAUGUUACUGAGAGAUUCUCAGAAGAAUGAAUGGGCGAAACGGUAUUUUGUAUUACGAAGACCAUUCUUACAUGUGCAUGAACAACCUGAUAAACGAGAAGUUCAAAUCAUCAACUUAUCCAGCUCAAAUGUCACCCCUAGUCCAGAUGUAGAGUCGCUCCUAGGUCGUAAAUGGGCAUUUACGAUAUUCACUCCUACAAAUUCGUAUAUCGCUCAAGCAAGUUCAGAGAAGGAGAUGAGAGAUUGGUUGUCCGUUAUAAGCACGACUUCUGAGUUGUGA